AUGAGUGAAGUUGAGGUCAAGAGAGUUCCUAAAAAGAGAUUCGUUGGUAAAAGGGAAAAUGCUGCUACGAGUGCCGAUGGCUCGCUAGUCAAGACAUCCAGAGUGAAAAACCAUGUGGGUAGAGUCAUGACACAAAUACCCAAGGAGAUACUGGAAGAUAAAGAUCUGAAUGAGGCUAUCAAGUUACUACCUUCUAAUUACAAUUUUGAAAUCCACAAGACGGUUUGGAAUAUCAAAAAGCAAAAUGCUAAACGAGUUGCAUUACAAAUGCCUGAAGGUUUAUUGAUUUAUUCAUUAAUCAUUGCAGAUAUCUUGGAACAGUUUUGCGAAGUGGAGACAAUAGUUAUGGGUGAUGUCUCUUAUGGUGCUUGUUGUAUUGAUGAUUAUACUGCAAGAUCCUUAGACUGUGAUUUUAUUGUUCAUUAUGCUCAUUCAUGUUUAGUGCCCAUUGAUAUCACAUUAAUCAAAGUUUUAUAUAUUUUUGUCACUAUAAACAUUGAUGAAACACAUUUGAUCAAGACAAUACAGAGAAACUUCUCCAAGAAUUCCAAGAUUGCCACAUUUGGUACUAUUCAAUUUAAUCCAACUAUACAUGCCAUUAAAGAUAAAUUAGCGAAUGAUGAAGGAAAACCAAUCUAUACCAUUCCACCACAAAUAAUGCCACUUUCAAAAGGUGAAGUUUUGGGUUGUACUUCUCAAAGAUUAGAUAAAGAAGAGAUAGAUGCUAUGAUUUACGUUGGUGAUGGUAGAUUCCAUUUAGAAAGUGCAAUGAUUCAUAAUCCAGAAAUUCCUGCAUAUAGAUAUGAUCCAUACUCUAGAAAGUUCACAAGAGAAUAUUAUGAUCAAAAACAAAUGAUCAAAGUUCGUGAAGAUGCUAUUACAACAGCUUCGAAAGCUCAAAAAAUUGGAUUGAUUCUUGGUGCAUUAGGAAGACAAGGUAACGUUAACACUUUAUCAAAUCUUGAAACUGAAUUAACCAAAAAUGGUAAAACAGUUGUCAAGAUCAUUUUAUCUGAAAUUUUCCCUCAAAAAUUAUCCAUGUUUGAUGAUAUCGAUGCUUUUAUCCAGGUUGCAUGUCCAAGACUAUCAAUUGAUUGGGGGUAUGCUUUCAACAAGCCAUUAUUGACGCCAUAUGAAGCCAUGGUUAUGAUGGAGAAUGAUAAGAUGUGGAAUGAAAACUAUUAUCCUAUGGAUUACUACGCAAAAGAUGGGUAUGGUCGUGGUAAAGUCCCUAAUCAUGAAAAUGUUAAUUUAUAA